AUGCAGAAACAGUGGAUACAAGACGUCGCCAAAGACAAAGAAACAUGCAGGAAUAAAAGACGGAGACAGGAACAAAGAAACAUACAAGGGAUACAGAAAGGCAACAGGAACGAUGGAACAUACAAGGGAUACAAGAAGGUACCUUGGCCAAAGGCCGAUACAGGGGAUACAAGAAGGCGCCUGGGCCAAAAGCCGAUACAGGGGAUACAAGAAGGCACCUGGGCCAAAGGCCGAUACAGGGGAUACAAGAAGGUACCUUGGCCAAAGGCCGAUACAGGGGAUACAAGAAGGCACCUGGGCCAAAAGCCGAUACAGGGGAUACAAGAAGGCGCCUGGGCCAAAGGCCGAUACAGGGGAUACAAGAAGGCGCCUGGGCCAAAAGCCGAUACAGGGGAUACAAGAAGGCACCCGGGCCAUGGUCGAUACAGGGAAUACAAGAAGGCACCUGGGACAAAAGCCGAUACAGGGGGUACAAGAAGGCACCUGGGACAAAAGCCGAUACAGGGGAUACAAGAAGGCGCCUGGGACAAAAGCCGAUACAGGGGAUACAAGAAGGUGCCUGGGACAAAAGCCGAUACAGAGGAUACAAGAAGGCGCCUGGGACAAAAGCCGAUACAGGGGAUACAAGAAGGCGCCUGGGACAAAAGCCGAUACAGGGGGUACAAGAAGGCACCUGGGACAAAAGCCGAUACAGGGGAUACAAGAAGGCGCCUGGGACAAAAGCCGAUACAGGGGAUACAAGAAGGUGCCUGGGACAAAAGCCGAUACAGAGGAUACAAGAAGGCGCCUGGGACAAAAGCCGAUACAGAGGAUACAAGAAGGCGCCUGGGACAAAAGCCGAUACAGAGGAUACAAGAAGGCGACAGGGAAAAUAAGAAGACGAAUCUCUCUUUCGGUAAAACGAAGGUCUCCUAUGUGUCUGAAAGGUCUUAUUUUGAGGCUCGGUUUGAAAACAAAGACCACGUAUACGUAGCGAAGCCUCAUGACAUGAACAACACUGGGGACAGGCUUCAGGAGGGCCACGAUCUCCAUAGAAAUGAGGACGUCCACGAGCUGAAGUAA